AUGGCUACCGUAUCAGGUAAAAAAGGCAAAAAAGCGAAAAAAAAUAACAAGUUGUCCCUGGGUGAGUUUCUUACCGAUGGGAACACGGCCGACCGCAACCAGGUACAGGUAGCGGUACCAGUAAAGUUGGAUUGGGGCGAUGAUUGCGACGACGAUGACGAUGAUCGGGUGGUACGUACGCAGGUGAUCGCACUGCCUACGGCACCGCGUGCAAGCCGGAUCCUCAACGAUGACUCGAUACCACAGAACCCACCGUACUCAAUCUACGUGUCCAACCUACCGUACGACAUUAACGAGAACGAUCUGUACGAAAUAUUCGAUCACGUCGAGAUCGUGAAUAUGACGUUGCCGCGCGAUGAGAGCGAAACCUGGCGACUGCGCGGGUUUGGCAAUAUCGAGUUUGCGACGCGUAAUGAUCUGAUGACGGUGCUGGCAAUGCCGGAACCAAUGGUACGCAACCGGCGCAUCCGUAUCGGGCUGUACAACGAGAACGACACGAAGCGUCGGAACAAUCGCUACGAUAAUUUCUCCUCCGGGGACAGCGAGCGUCCCUCGUCCGGUGGGAACUGGCGCGACCGGCCGGAAUCGGCAGCGCGCCCGAUGAUGGAUCGGGAUCGGGAUGGGGGCGGUAUGCGCCGUCCUUAUAGCAGCGGUGGAUAUGGGCGUGAUCGGGAGGAUCGUGACCGGCCGUCGGGCGAUUCCGGCGGCAACUGGCGCACGACCGACAGACCGGCACCGCAAUCACCGCGUGCACCACGUAACUACGAUCGCGACCGUGACCGUGACCGUGAUAGUAGCAACGGCGGUUUCCGCCGUGGACCGGACAGCCGCGGUCCGGUGGGCAACGGUGGUGGUAUGCGCCGCGAACCGGAAGUACCGAUGGAGCGACCGAAGCUGGUGCUGCAACCGCGCACACUGCCUCUACCAGAGCUGCCGAAACCGCGCGAAACCGAUUCGGAUGACGAGUCCGAACGGCACACGGCCAACAACGGCAAGUACGAGGAGUCGGUGGACGAACCGCCAAAACCGAAACCGACACCCGUCCCAGCCGCCAAGGUGUUCGGUGACGCAAAGCCGGUCGACACCGCGGCACGCGAGCGCGAAAUUGAGGAACGGUUACAGCAGGAAGAGUUGCUGCGGCGCAAGCAGGAGGAAGCGGCUGCAUUGGAGGAAAAGAACAAACGGGAUGCUGAAAAGGAGAAUCUAGACACGACUACGGAUGAAGCCGGCGACAAACCGGCUGCUGGUGCCGCCACCGGUACCAGUAACACCGACCAACAGCCGCAGCAACCGAUCGCCAACUGGCGGGUACGCAGUGUCAACGACGAGGAGAAAGGUAAAGCUAGCGAAGAGCGUGUCCUUUCGCCCUCGCGGAGGUUUAGCCCUAGCGGAAAGUAUAACAGUAACAGACGCACUACUGCGGAAGAUCGACGAGCGGACAAUCGUGGUAUGAAUCGCCCAGCACAUAGUAACGGAAUAGCAAUUCAAAAUCGCGACCAUGAACGAAUGGAUCGUGCAGGGGGCCGCGAGCGCACGCAGCCGUCCCGUGACACAUACCGCAACGGGGAAACGAAGGAUCGCCGCGAUGCACCGAAACCGGCCGAAAAGGAACGCGAGCCGAAACUUUUAGAGGAACGCAUGCCGAAGUUUCAAGAACCGACCGGACCGAAUUUGCAAAUGAAGAACACCUUUGAAGGAUUAUCAGCGGACGAAAUUGAUGACUGA